AUCGGAUCGAUUUUAAAUUAUAAUGUUUAACUUCAUAAAUAUACAAAUGAAAUAAUUCUACUCAAUUGCGUGCAAGCUGCAGAUCAUGCAGCAUUUUGUUUUGGGUAGAAGAUAAAAAUCGAUCGGUAAUUAUGGACAAGGAAACUGAAAACAAGGUAGAACAUAAAAAGAAUGUUAAAUUGCCGCGCUUUGGUAUGCGACACCAGCAAGUCAUUUGUUUGUUUCUACUUGUGGUUUCUGCUAUUUCUAUGAGAGUACAAUUGUCAGUGGUAAUUGUAGCUAUGCUAGAUCCAAAUGCUUCAUCAAACCCAGAUAUACGGACAUUUGAUUGGAAUAACAAAAAUGUCGUCUUAUCAUCAUUUUUUUGGGGCUAUAUUACCCUUCAGUUGUUCGCUGCGGAUUGGGCAAGAACGUACGGCGCUAAGCCGUUUCUGUUAGUUGCGAUGACAAUUAAUGCAACUGCUGUAGCCUUGGUUCCAAUAUUGGCAGAUAAGUUCCAAUCAUAUGGAGUUAUGGCAUCCAGAGUAAUUCAAGGAAUGUGUCAGGGAUUUGUAUUUCCGUCAGUAAGCACUUUACUUGGUAGAUGGUGUCACAUUUCAGAAAGAUCGAGACUAGGUAGCUGGUGCUUGUCAGGUGCAGCAUUUGGUACCAUUAUUAGUUUGUUCACUAACGGUCUUAUCGCUUCUUCACAACUGGGUUGGCCAUUUUGUUUUUAUAUUUAUGGUGCGAUAGGAUAUUUAUGGGUCUUAUUGUUUCUAUUUUUGGGAUCUAGUUCUCCGGCUCAAUGUAGUAGAAUUUCAAAAGAGGAAAAAGAAUACAUUGAGAGCUCUACUAAGAUCAAGGUGAACAAAAUUCAAGUACCGUGGAAAAGUAUUCUUACAACUAGACCAGUUUGGAUAUUGAUGUUCGCCCAAGUUGGCCAAAUUUGGGGUUACAACACGCUUAUAACAGAAAUUCCCAAUUAUAUGAAGGCGGUCAUGUUAUUCGAUAUGAAAUCGAAUGGAGCAUUGUCAUCUGCACCUUAUAUUGCUAGCUUCUUCUGUAAUUUUGGUUUUGGAUUUCUUGCAGAUUAUCUAAUUAACCAUAAAUAUCUUACGAGGACUGCUACUAGGAAGUUAUUCAAUUCGAUAUCUGGUAUAGGAGCAGGUACAUCUCUACUGAUUCUUAGCUUUUUACCAGCCAGUGCUAGAAUCCCGUCUGUUUUUAUGUUAGUGAGCGCAGUUGGAAUUCAAUCUGCAGCAACUGGAGGAUAUAACUUGAACCACAUAGAUUUGUCUCCAAAUUUUUCAGGCACACUUCAAGCUAUGUGUAAUAGUGUUGGUAGUGCACUUUCUAGUUUUGCACCUAUAUUAGUACAAUUAAUUGUUACUGACGAUGGUAAUAAAUCACAGUGGCAGAUAGUUUUCAUUGUAGCUGCUAUGGCAUAUAUUAUACCGAGUAUUGCGUUCGCAAUGUUUGCGUCUGGAAAAAGACAGAAAUGGGAUGGUUCUAAAGAGGUUGACGAGAAAACAUUAUCAGAAGUUAUAGCUAGAAAAGCAUCUGUAUGGUCAGUCAUGUCUGUAUAGUAUUUAUAUAAGAAUAUAUUAUUUAUUGUAUUUUGUAGAAA